UCAGAUAGUGGGCGGAGCCACGGCCCUCCACGUGUCCAGCCCGCCCACGCAGCAACCAUCUUCCGCAUACCGCAGACCAGUGCGCACGCACACGCACACGCACGCUGCGGGGCGAUGCAUCGGCGGUGCGUGCCCUCUUCCCUCCCCGAUCCUCCUCAUCCUCGGUAUUGAUCAGGCGAUGCUUCCAUGUCUACCUCGCACAGAUGUCCGUGAUGGCCGCGGAGGAGAAGAGCUGACGAUGAGAGGAGGUGCACCUUGGCACAUUUGGAGCUUUACCAUUACGAUUUGAUUUUUUUACGUAUUUUUUUUCUCCCUCCGUGCUGCGGUGGCAUUUUGCGGGCCUGGAUGCGGUGACAGGCGGGAAUGUGUGACGACCAUGCUGGCGGUGCGGUGCUUCUUGCUCUUUGCUGCAGUUGGCGAGCGGCUGGCGGCGUCAGGUGUGACCUGGAGCCCAGGCCAGGAUGGGGGAGGGACGUGGGUCGGCUCCUCCUGGUCCGGACAAACCGAGGGCGGCGACACAGCUGCCCAGGUGACCUAUCCCAAACGUCUGGUCCGAAGGAUUGAGUCUGAGAAGGAACUGGCUCAUCCGCACCUGGAUACCAGGGUGAAGAACAACAAGCAACACGCCUCGCCCGUCCACUUGGCGCACAGCUGUUUCCAGUUGGAAGCCUUCGGACAGACCUUCACGCUGGACCUGGAGCUAAACCAUCACCUCCUGUCUUCAGACUACGUGGAGCGCCAAUUCACGCAGGACGGACAACCUUCACAGUCCUGGGGAGGGGAGCACUGCUACUACCAGGGAAGCUUAAGAGGCGUAACGAACUCCUGGGCCGCCCUCUCCACCUGUCAUGGACUGUGCGGGGUAUUCUCAGAUGGCCUCUUCUCUUACGGGAUUGAGCCGGUUCACAAUGACAGCAAUCAGGAAAUCGGCGCCCACCUGAUCCACAAGAUGCCUGAUUUUAGGCUCUCUCCCCACUGUGCAGGCUGCACAGCGGACAGCGAGUUGGACCGCAGAGGAGGUGAUGAAGACAGACUGGACCAAAGUGGGGGGCAGCAGCGGGUGUCAAGGCCGCUGAGACGAUCCAAGCGCUUCGCCCGCCGGCCCUCUGUGCAGACCGAGACCAAAUAUAUCGAGUUGAUGGUGGUCAACGACAACGACAUGAUUGUACAGCUGCGACGCUCCGGCAGCCAAACUAAAAACUUUGCCAAAGCCGUGGUCAACAUGGCUGAUGCGAUCUACAAGGAGCAGCUGAACACGAGGAUCGUGCUGGUCGCCAUGGAGACGUGGACCUCUAAGAACAUGGUGCCGGUGGUAGAGGAGCCUCUGACCACGCUGCAGAACUUCAUGAAGUACAGGAGGGACAACAUCAGGGAGCAAAGCGACGUUGUCCAACUUUUCUCAGGGCGCACGUUUCAGAGCGGCCGCAGCGGGACGGCCUUCACGGGUGGAGUGUGCUCGCCGACCAGGGGCGGGGGCAUAAACGAGUUUGGUAAUGUUGGCGCCAUGGCCAUCACUUUGUGCCAGACUCUGGGACAGAAUAUCGGCAUGAGGUGGAACAAUGCACGUAACUCUGCAGGAGACUGCAGGUGUCCUGACACCUGGCUGGGCUGCAUCAUGGAGGAUACGGGAUACUAUCUGCCCAGAAAGUUCUCUCGCUGCAGCGUUGACGAGUACAUUCAGUUCUUGCUCCAAGGGGGCGGCAGCUGCCUCUUUAACAAGCCCAACAAGCUGCUGGACCCUCCAGAAUGUGGAAAUGGCUUUGUGGAGCUAGGGGAAGAGUGUGAUUGUGGAUCCCAGCUGGAGUGCGCCCGCAGCGGAGGAAACUGCUGUAAAAAAUGCACACUCACCCACGACGCCAUGUGCAGUAAUGGACUGUGCUGCAGUGGCUGCAGGUACGAGCAGAGAGGUGUGGUGUGUCGAGAGGCUGUCAAUGACUGUGACAUCCCGGAGACAUGCACAGGAGACUCCAGCCAGUGUCCCCAUAACGUCCACAAGCUGGAUGGUUACACGUGUGAAAGCAAUCAGGGUCGCUGCUACGGUGGCCGAUGUCGGACUCGGGAUGGACAGUGCAGGGGACUCUGGGGUUUCAACUCAGCAGACAGGUUUUGUUACGACAAGCUAAACGCAGAGGGGACGGACAAAGGGAACUGUGGUCGGGGUCCCAGGGGCCAAGGCUGGCUGCAGUGCAACAAGCCGGAUGUUUUGUGCGGCUUCUUGUUCUGCGCCAACAUUACCACAAAGCCAAAAUUUGGGGACCUUCAGGGCGAGGUGACAAGCUUCACCCUCUACCACCAGAACAAGUACCUGGACUGCCGAGGUGGCCAUGCUCUGCUGGAGGACGGAUCGGACCUCGGCUACGUGGAGGACGGCACCCCCUGCGGACCCAACAUGAUGUGCUUGGAGCGGCGGUGCCUCCCCGUGGCGGCCUUCAACCUAAGCACCUGCGCGGGGUCCAACUCGGCGCGCAUCUGUUCCGACCACGGAACAUGCAGCAAUGAGGUGAAGUGCAUCUGCGACAGAGACUACACCGGCAAGGACUGCAGUGUGUUUGACCCCAUUCCUGAGCCCACCGUCCCAACUGGCCCCGAGAAAAAAGAAACAUUCGGAGAGGAAGAUCUGGUGGAGGAUAAUAUGUCCAUUAGUCCACCUCGUCUUCAUGCCCCGCCCACUGCCCUCCUCUUCCUCUUCCUCGCUCGGCGUCCUCGCCCACCCUGGAGAAGAAGGAAACAACAACAAAGUCUUCCAGUCCUGUUCCCAUCUCUCCAGUCCCUCAUCAUCACUAUCGGAGUCUUCCUCCCAGCACGGUGGCUCCGAUCCUCCUCUUCCUCGUCAUCGCCAUGGAGACGGAGGGUGAAGACGUCCGCACUGCCCGCUUGGACCUGCUGGGGAGUCUUCUGCCCUUCAGCUGGAUCUUAUAGUCCGAGAACUUGGACUUGGACCUGCAGGCUCGGAAUGACGGUGAUGUUUUUCAAAGAGAAGCAACCACCAAGUAAGACAAGAAGUCUUCUCUCUGUCCUCUUUUUAGCCGACUGCCAACUCGCCGACUUUAUGUCGAAGACUAGUUUCAGGUACCCUGAAGGAUGCUGGGAGUUUUUGGGGUGGGUUUUGGGUUCAUUGGACUGCUGUACAUUCCACUGACUCCGCCUGUGCUCACUUGCUGGUUUCUCUUUGGCGUUCUUGUUUGUUAGUCUUUUUUAAAGAGAAGAAGAAUGUGUGCACGUCACCACGGAGCUCUUUUAAACGUCUUGUUUUUUUCAGCCACAGGAAGAAGAACCAUUUUUUAAAGUGGACUUAAUUGUCCAACUAGCAAUUAGCUGCCAUGGUCAAGUCUGAGGAGACGAGAAGCUCCGCAUGAGGACCACGUUGUCACACCAACCUUUAGGAUUUUGCACCCAAACCAUUUUGCAUCAAAAAUGAGCCCACAGUGGAACCUCUUAAGUCCUCACACUGUGCUGACCUGUAAUUUGUCAUUUUAACAUAAGUGAAAAUAAUCUUCUCCAGGGUUGCCAUCAUGAAAGGUUAUUCAUGUUUUAACCUACCAUUUUUACAAGUGUAAAAAGAAGUUAAGCAACAGUCUUAACUAACGCAAUCCUGUUUUUAAAUCAUUGACUGUCUCACAUGUGUAAAAAUAAGUUAUCCAAUACCGUUGGAACUCACACAACUAAUUUUUAACGUUCUUAACUCUUACAAGUGUAAAAAGAAGUUCACACACUCUUUAAAAAUUAACAAUUUACUAAUUCACAAUUUUUUUAACAUUUUUGUACAAGUGGGAAAAUAUAAAAACAAGUGCCGUCUCACACAAUUCCUUUUUUAAAUAGUCUUAACACUUAAAAGUGUAAAAAGAAGUUAACAUCACAGCGUCAACUCGCACAACUCAUUAAAAAAAACUUUUUAACACUUAAAUGGGUAAAAAAAAACGUUAACCAUCAUAGUGUCAAAACAAACCUUUUACUCUUAAAAGUGCAAAAAGAAGUUAACAUAGUGUCAACUCCCAUAACUAUUUUUAAAAAACAACCUUUUAACUCUUACAAGUGUAAAAAGAGGUUACUAACAGUUUUAACUAACCCAACUCCUUUCCUUGAAAAACACUCUUUAUUACUUUACAAGUGUAAAAAAAGUUAAACAGCAGUUUCAAAUCACACUGCUUAUUUUUUUUUUUAUGUUUUAACUCUUACAAUGUUAAAAAGAUGUUAACUAACAGUCUAAAGUCACGCAAGUCCUUUCUUAAACACUUGACUGCCUUAAAAGUGUAAAAAGAAAUUAACAUCACAGCGUCAACUCGCACAACUCAUUAAAAAAAACUUUUUUAACACUUAAAAGGGUAAAAAAAAACGUUAUCCAUCAUAGUGUCAAAAACAAACAUUUUACUCCUAAAAGUGCAAAAAGAAGUUAACAUAGUGUCAACUCGCAUAACUAUUUAAAAAAAACUAAACCUUUUAACUUUUACAAGUGUAAUAAUAGUUACUAACAGUUUUAACUAACCCAACUCCUUUUUUUUUUUAAACCCUGUCUUUACUACCUUACAAGUGUAAAAAUAAGUUAAACAGCAGUCUGAAAUCACACAGCUUAGUCACGCAAGUCUUUUUUUUAAACACUUGACUGCCUUAAAAGUGUAAAAAGAAAUUAACAUCACAGCGUCAACCCGCACAACUCAUUAAAAAAAAACGUUUUAACACUUAAAAGGGUAAAAAAAAACGUUAUCCAUCAUAGUGUCAAAAACAAACCUUUUACUCUUAAAAGUGCAAAAAGAAGUUAACAUAGUGUCAGCUCGCAUAACUAUUUAAAAAAAACUAAACAUUUUAACUCUUACAAGUGUAAAACUAGUUACUAACAGUUUUAACUAACCCAACUCCUUUUUUUCUUAAACAGUGUCUUUAUUACCUUACAAGUGUAAAAAGAAGUUAAACAGCAGUCUCAAAUCACACAGCUUAUUUUUUCAUUUUUUUUAACUCUUACAAGUGUAAAAAUAUGUUAACUAACAGUCUAAAGUCACAAAAGUCCUUUUUAAAACACUUGACUGCCUUAAAAGUGUAAAAAGAAAUUAACAUCACAGUGUCAACUCGCACAACUCAUUAAAAAAAACUUUUUUAACACUUAAAAGGGUAAAAAAAACGUUGACCAUCAUAGUGUCAAAAACAAACUGUUUACUCCUAAAAGUGCAAAAAGAAGUUAACAUAUUGUCAACUCCCAUAACUAUUUAAAAAAAAAAAAAAAAAACUUUUAACUCUUACAAGUGUAAAAAGAGGUUACUAACAGUUUUAACUAACCCAACUCCUUUUCUUGAGAAACACUCUUUAUUACUUUACAAGUGUAAAAAAAAGUUAAACAGCAGUUUCAAAUCACACUGCUUAUUUUUUUUUAUGUUUUAACUCUUACAAUGUUAAAAAGAUGCUAACUAACAGUCUAAAGUCACGCAAGUCCUUUUUUAAACACUUGACUGCCUUAAAAGUGUAAAAAGAGAUUAACAUCACAGCGUCAACUCGCACAACUCAUUAAAAAAACUUUUUAACACUUAAAUGGGUAAAAAAAAUGUUAACCAUCAUAGUGUCAAAACAAACCUUUUACUCUUAAAAGUGCAAAAAGAAGUUAACAUAGUGUCAACUCGCAUAACUAUUUAAAAAAAACUAAACCUUUUAACUCUUACAAGUGUAAAAAUAGUUAAUAACAGUUUUAACUAACCCAACUCCUUUUUUUUUUAAACAGUGUCUUUACUACCUUACAAGUGUAAAAAGAAGUUAAACAGCAGUCUCAAAUCACACAGCUUAUUUUUUCAUUUUUUUUAACUCUUACAAUUGUAAAAAUAUGUUAACUAACAGUCUAAAGUCACAAAAGUAUUUUUUAAAACACUUGACUGCCUUAAAAGUGUAAAAAGAAAUUAACCUCACAGCGUCAACUCGCACAACUCAUUAAAAAAAACUUUUUCAACACUUAAAAGGGUAAAAAAAACGUUACCAUCAUCGUGUCAAAAACAAACCGUUUACUCCUAAAAGUGCUAAAAGAAGUUAACAUAGUGUCAACUCCCAUAACUAUUUAAAAGAAAAAAAAAACUUUUAACUCUUACAAGUGUAAAAAGAGGUUACUAACAGUUUUAACUAACCCAACUCCUUUUCUUGAAAAACACUCUUUAUUACCUUACAAGUGUAAAAAUAAGUUAAACAGCAGUUUCAAAUCACACUGCUUAUUUUUGUUUAUGUUUUAACUCUUACAAGUGUAAAAAUAUGUUAACUAACAGUCUAAAGUCACAACAGUCCUUUUUAAAACACUUGACUGCCUUAAAAGUGUAAAAAGAAAUUAACAUCACAGCGUCAACUCGCACAACUCAUUAAAAAAAACUUUUUUAACACUUAAAAGGGUAAAAAAAAAAAAAAAGUUAACCAUCAUAGUGUCAAAAACUAACCUUUUACUCCUAAAAGUGCAAAAAGAAGUUAACAUAGUGUCAACUCUCAUAAGUAUUAAAAAAAACAAAAAACUUUUAACUCUUACAAGUGUAAAAAGAAGUUAACUGACGGUCUAAAGCCAUGCAACUCAUUGAAAAAAUACUUUGGACGGUCUUGCAAGUGUAAAAAGAAGUUAAAUGUCAGUUUCAACUAACACAAUUGGUUAUUUUACACAUUUAACUCUUACAAGUGUAAAAAGAAGUUCACUGACAGUCUUUGUGUAUCCUUUUUAAAACACUCUUGAAUGUCCUAAAAGUGUAAAAAGAAAUAAAACAGUCUUAACUCACUAAAAAAGUUUAACUCUUACAAAUGUAAAAAUAUGUCAACUAACAGUCUAAAGUCACACGAGCAAUUUUUAAACCACUUGACUGCCUUAAAAGUGUAAAAAGAAGUUAAGCGCCACAUGUUUAACUCAAGCGAUGAGUCCUGAAACUUUUUAACCUUAAAAAGUGUAAAAAAUGAGUGCCGCAACUAAGUGUAAAAAGAAGUAAAACAACAGUCUUAAGUCACACAACUCAUUAAAAAAGUUAACUCUUACAAGUGUAAAAAGAAGUUAACUGACAGUCUAAAGCCAUGCAGCUCAUUAGAAAAAUACUUUUGACUGUCUUACAAGUCUUAAAAAAGAGUCAAAACACAUGUCCUAAAAGUGUAAAAAGAAGUAAAACAACAGUCUUAAGUCACAGCUCAUUAAAAAAGUUAACUCUUACAAGUGUAAAAAGAAGUUAACUGACAGUCUAAAGCCAUGCUACUCAUAAAAAAUAGUUUUGACGGUCUUACAAGUGUAAAAAGAAGUUAAAUGUCAGUUUCAACUCACACAAUUGAUUAUUUUAAACAUUUAACUCUUACAAGUGUAAAAAGAAGUUCACUGACAGUCUUUGUGUAUCCUUUUUAAAACACUCUUGAAUGUCCUAAAAGUGUAAAAAGAAAUAAAACGGUCUUAACUCACUAAAAAAGUUUAACUCUUACAAAUGUAAAAAUAUGUCAACUAACAGUCUAAAGUCACACAAGUCAUUUUUAAACCAUUUGACUGCCUUACAAGUGUAAAAAGAAGUUAAGCGCCACAUGUUUAGCUCAAUUGAUGAGUCCCGAAACUUUUUAACCUUAAAAAGUGUAAAAAAAUGAGUGCCGCAACUAAGUGUAAAAAGAAGUAAAACAACAGUCUUAAGUCACACAACUCAUUAAAAAAGUUAACUCUUACAAGUGUAAAAAGAAGUUAACUGACAGUCUAGAGUCAUGCAACUCAUUAAAAAAAUACUUUUGACUGUCUUACAAGUGUUAAAAAAAAGUCAAAACACAUUUUCAACUCACACAAUGCACUAUUUUAAACACCAACCCUCACAAGUGUAAAAAUAAGUUAACUGACAGUCUAAAGCCAGGCAACUCAUUGAAAAAAUACUUACUAAAAAUAAGUUAAAUGUCAGUUUCAACUCACACAAUUGAUUAUUUUACACAUUUAACUCUUACAAGUGUAAAAAGAAGUUCACUGACAGUCUUUGUGUAUCCUUUAUAAAACACUCUUGAAUGUCCUAAAAGUGUAAAAAGAAAUAAAACAGGCUUAACUCACUAAAAAAGUUUAACUCUUACAAAUGUAAAAAGAUGUUAACUAACAGUCUAAAGUCACACAAGUCAUUUUUAAACCACUUGACUGCCUUACAAGUGUAAAAAGAAGUUAAGCGCCACAUGUUUAGCUCAAUUGAUGAGUCCCGAAACUUUUUAACCUUAAAAAGUGUAAAAAAUGAGUGCCGCAACUAAGUGUAAAAAGAAGUAAAACAACAGUCUUAAGUCACACCACUCAUUAAAAAAGUUAAGUCUUACAAGUGUAAAGGAAGUUAACUGACAGUCUAAAGCCAUGCAACUCAUUAAAAAAAAUACUUUUGACUGUCUUACAAGUGUUAAAAAAAAGUCAAAACACGUGUCCUAAAAGUGUAAAAAGAAGUAAAACAACAGUCUUAAGUCACACAACUCAUUAAAAAAGUGAACUCUUACAAGUGUAAAAAGAAGUUAACUGACAGUCUAAAGCCAUGCAACUCAUAAAAAAAUACUUUUGACGGUCUUACAAGUGUAAAAAGAAGUUAAACGUCAGUUUCAACUCACACAGUUGAUUAUUUUACACAUUUAACUCUUACAAGUGUAAAAGGAAGCUCACUGACAGUCUUUGUGUAUCCUUUUUAAAACACUCUUGAAUGUCCUAAAAGUGUAAAAAGAAGUAAAACAGUCUUAACUCACUAAAAAAGUUUAACUCUUACAAAUGUAAAAAGAUGUUAACUAACAGUCUAAAGUCACACAAGUAAUUUUUAAACCACUUGACUGCCCUACAAGUGUAAAAAGAAGUUAAGCGCCACAUGUUUAACUCAAUUGAUGAGUCCCGAAACUUUCUAACCUUAAAAAGUGUAAAAAAAUGAGUGCCGCAACUAAGUGUAAAAAGAAGUAAAACAACAGUCUUAAGUCACACAACUCAUUAAAAAAGUUAACUCUUACAAGUGUAAAAAGAAGUUAACUGACAGUCUAAAGCCAUGCAACUCAUAAAAAAAUACUUUUGACGGUCUUACAAGUGUAAAAAGAAGUUAAAUGUCAGUUUCAACUCACACAGUUGAUUAUUUUACACAUUUAACUCUUACAAGUGUAAAAAGAAGUUCACUGACAGUCUUUGUGUAUCCUUUUCAAAACACUCUUGAAUGUCCUAAAAGUGUAAAAAGAAAUAAAACGGUCUUAACUCACUAAAAAAGUUGAACACUUACAAAUGCAAAAAGAUGUUAACUAACAGUCUAAAGUCACACAAGUCAUUUUUAAACCACUUGACUGCCUUACAAGUGUAAAAAGAAGUUAAGCGCCACAUGUUUAACUCAAUUGAUGAGUCCCGAAACUUUUUAACCUUAAAAAGUGUAAAAAAAAAAAAAAAAAAAAAAAGUUAAAUAACGGUUUCCAUUCAUUUUACUCUUUUUAAAUAAAUGUUUUACUUUUACAAGUGUAAAAAUAAGUUAACUGACAGUCUAUAGUCAUUCAACUCAUUAAAAAAUACUCUUGACUGUCUUACAAGUGUUAAAAAAAAAGUUAAACGUCAGUUUCAAGUCACACAAUUGGUUAUUUUACACAUUUAACUCUUACAAGUGUAAAAUGAAGUUCACUGACAGUCUUUGUGUAUCCUUUUUAAAACACUAUUGAAUGUUCUAAAAGUGUAAAAAGAAGUAAAACAACAGUCUUAAUGGACACAACUCAUUAAAAAAGUUAACUCUAACAAAUGUAAAAAUAAGUUAACUGACAGUCUAAAGCCAUGCAACUCAUUAAACAAAUACUUUUGACGGUCUUACAAGUGUAAAAAGAAGUUAAAUGUCAGUUUCAACUUACACAAUUGGUUAUUUUACACAUUUAACUCUUACAAGUGUAAAAAGAAGUUCACUGACAGUCUUUGUGUAUACUUUUUAAAACACUCUUGAAUGUCCUAAAAGUGUAAAAAGAAAUAAAACAGUCUUAACUCACUAAAAAAGUUUAACACUUACAAAUGCAAAAAGAUGUUAACUAACAGUCUAAAGUCACACAAGUAAUUUUUAAACCACUUGACUGCCUUACAAGUGUAAAAAGAAGUUAAGCGCCACAUGUUUAACUCAAUUGAUGAGUCCCGAAACUUUUUAACCUUAAAAAGUGUAAAAAAUGAGUGCCGCAACUAAGUGUAAAAAGAAGUAAAACAACAGUCUUAAGUCACACAACUCAUUAAAAAAGUUAACUCUUACAAGUGUAAAAAGAAGUUAACUGACAGUCUAGAGUCAUGCAACUCAUUAAAAAAUACUCUUGACGGUCUUACAAGUGUUAAAAAAAAGUCAAAACACAUUUUCAACUCACACAAUGCACUAUUUUAAACACCAACCCUCACAAGUGUAAAAAUAAGUUAACUGACAGUCUAAAGCCAGGCAACUCAUUGAAAAAAUACUUACUAAAAAGAAGUUAAAUGUCAGUUUCAACUCACACAAUUGGUUAUUUUACACAUUUAACUCUUACAAGUGUAAAAAGAAGUUCACUGACAGUCUUUGUGUAUCCUUUUUAAAACACUCUUGAAUGUCCUAAAAGUGUAAAAAGAAAUAAAACAACAGUCUUAAUAGACACAACUCAUUAAAAAAGUUGAACUCUUACAAGUUUAAAAAGAUGUUAACUAACAGUCUAAAGUUACACAAGUAACUUUUAAACCACUUGACUGCCUUACAAGUGUAAAAAGAAGUUAACCGCCACACGUUUAACUCAAUUGAUGAGUCCCGAAACUUUUUAACCUUAAAAAGUGUAAAAAAUAAAAUAAAAAAAAGUUAAAUAACGGUUUCCAUUCAUUUUACUCUUUUUAAAUAUUUUUUUUACUUUUACAAGUGUAAAAAUAAGUCAACUGACAGUCUAUAGUCAUUCAACUCAUUAGAAAAUACUCUUGACUGUCUUACAAGUGUUGAAAAAAAAGUUAAAACACAUUUUCAACUCACACUUAUUUUUACACCCUUACAAGUGUAAAAAGAAGUUAACUGACAGUCUUAAGUCAUGUAUCUCAUUUAAAAAAUACUUUGGACGGUCUUACAAGUGUAAAAAGAAGUUAAACGUCAGUUUCAAGUCACACAAUUGAUUAUUUUAAACAUUUAACUCUUACAAGUGUAAAAAGAAGUUCACUGACAGUCUUUGUGUAUCCUUUUUAAAACACUCUUGAAUGUCCUAAAAGUGUAAAAAGAAAUAAAACAGUCUUAACUCACUAAAAAAGUUUAACACUUACAAAUGGCAAAAAGAUGUUAACUAACAGUCUAAAGUCACACAAGUCAUUUUUAAACCACUUGACUGCCUUACAAGUGUAAAAAGAAGUUAAGCCCCACAUGUUUAACUCAAUUGCUGAGUCCCGAAACUUUUUAACCUUAAAAAGUGUAAAAAAUGAGUGCCGCAACUAAGUGUAAAAAGAAGUAAAACAACAGUCUUAAGUCACACAACUCAUUAAAAAAGUUAACUCUUACAAGUGUAAAAAGAAGUUAACUGACAGUCUAAAGCCAUGCUACUCAUAAAAAAAUACUUUUGACUGUCUUACAAGUGUUAAAAAAAAUUCAAAACACAUGUCCUAAAAGUGUAAAAAGAAGUAAAACAACAGUCUUAAGUCACACAGCUCAUUAAAAAAGUUAACUCUUACAAAUGUAAAAAGAAGUUAAAUGUCAGUUUCAACUCACACAAUUGGUUAUUUUACACAUUUAACUCUUACAAGUGUAAAAAGAAGUUCACUGACAGUCUUUGUGUAUCCUUUUUAAAACACUAUUGAAUGUCCUAAAAGUGUAAAAAGAAAUAAAACAGUCUUAACUCACUAAAAAAGUUUAACUCUUACAAAUGCAAAAAGAUGAUAACAACAGUCUAAAGUCACACAGGUCAUUUUUAAACCACUUGACUGCCUUACAAGUGUAAAAAGAAGUUGACCGCCACAUGUUUAGCUCAAUUGAUGAGUCCCGAAACUUUUUAACCUUAAAAAGUGUUAAAAAAAAAAAAAGUUAAAUAACGGUUUCCAUUCAUUCUACUCUUUUUAAAAACAUUUUUAACUUUUACAAGUGAAAAAAGAAGUUAACUAACAUUCUGAAGUCACACAACUCAUUUUUGAAAGUACUCGACUGGCUUACAAGUGUAAAAAGAAGUUAACCACCGAGUUUUUGAAGGACUUCAGAGGUUCUACUGUGACGUGGACAAAACGAUGAACUUUUCAUGGGAAAUAUUCUCUUUUCAACUUUUGUGAAGGGUUUUUGCACAUUUCAUGAAAUAUUAAACGCUGGAUAAGAUUCCCUACUAUCGCCAUGACGCUAUGCCAACGUGUCCCUGAGAGAAAAUGGGCGCUCGCCACUUUUUGUUUUCCACCGUUUUGUAAAUAAGUGCAAGCUAUGCCGAAUGUUUGAAAUGCACCGUGUGAAGAGGAGAGGUGGAAAAAAAGAGAUGAAAACGCUGAUUUAGAGUUUUAUCAGCAAAGCGAGAAUGUUCUUGUUUUUGUUUUCCUUUUUUUUUGCCCUCCAGGUGUGUGUGGGCUGACUGCCAUGUUUGCGUGCAUGAAGACACUCUGGCUGAUUGCAGCUUUGCACCGUGGCUCACUCACGCUAGCACUGCUGACACGGAACAUUCUAGCAAUCAUCAUUUCAAGACAUAUUUUUAGACACUUUUUUUGAAUUUAGACAAAAUGAAACCAACAAAAAAAAAAAGAAGCCUUGCAGGCGAAUGAACGCAAGAGAUGAGGAAAUAAAAUAGAAAAAUAUGAAAAAUAUUUUCUUGCUUUUUCCUGUUAUGGAAUCUUUACAAUGAAGACAAGAUAUUUGAUGUUCAAACUCAUAAACUUUAUUUUUUUUUUUUUGCAAUUUCAUGGCUGCAACAUGUGCCAAAGUAGUUGGGAAAGGGCAUGUUCACCACUGUGUUACAUCACCUUUUCUUUUAACAACACUCAACUAAUUGUUGAAGCAUUGAAAGUGGAAUUAUUUCCCAUUCUUGUAUUAUGUAGAGCUUCAGUCCUUCAACUGAAGUAUUUUACGCUUCAGAAUGCGCCACACAUUUUCGAAGGGAGACAGGUCUGGACUGCAGGUUGGCCAGGAAAGUACAAAGCCACGCUUUUGUAACAUUUGUCUUGCUGGAAUAAGCUAACGUUGCUUGGAUGACAACAUAUGUUGCUCCAAAACCUGUAUGGACCUUUCAGCAUUAAUGGUAAGUUACCCAUGCCUUGGGCACUAAUGCACCCCCAUACCAUCACAGAUGCUGGCUUUUCAACUUUGAGCCUAUAACAAUCCGAAUGGUUAUUUUCCUCUUUGUUCCGGAGGACACCACGUCCUCUGUUUCCAAAUAUAAUCUGAAAUGUGGACUCGUCAGACCACAGAACACCUUUCCACUUUGCAUCAGUUCAUCUUAGAUGAGCUCGGGCCCGGCCAAGCCGGCGGCGUUUCAGGAUGUUGUUGAUAAAUGGGUUUGGCUUUGCAUAGUAGAGUUUUAACUUGCACUUACAGAUGUAGCGACCAACUGUAGUUACUGACAGUGGUUUUAUGAAGUGUUCCUGAGCCCAUGUGGUGAUAUCCUUUACACACGGAUGUCGGUUUUGGACGCGGUACCGCCUGAGGGAUCAAAAGCCCGUAAUAUCAUCGCUUACGUGCAGUGAUUUCUCCAGAUUCUCUGAACUUUUUGAUGAUUUUACGGACAGCAGAUGGUAAAAUCUCUAAAUUCCUUGCAAUAGCUCGUUGAGAAAUGUUGUUCUAAAACUGUUCGACAAUUUGCUUACAAAUUAGUGACCCUCGCCUUGUUUGUGAAUUACUUAGCAUUUCAUGGAAGCUGCUUUUAUACCCAAUCAUGGCACCCACCUGUUCCCAGUUAGCCUGCACACCUGUGGGAUGUUCCAUAUAAGUGUUUGAUGAGCAUUCCUCAACUUUAUCAGUAUUACUUGCCACCUUUCCCAAAUUUUUUGUUACGCGUUGCUGGCGUCAAAUUCUAAAGUUAAUGAUUAUUUGCAAAAAAUAAAAGAUUAUCAGUUUGAACAUCAAAUAUGUUGUCUUUGUAGCAUAUUCAACUGAAUAUGGGUUGAAAAUGAUUUGCAAAUCAUUGUUUUCCGUUUAUAUUUCUCAUAUGGAAUAGGGGUUUGUAAUUAUGGUGACACCUCAUUUAGAUAAUGUUGGAAACAUUGCACGGUGGUACAGGGGUUAGUGCGUCUGCCUCACAAUACGAGGGUCCUGAGUAAUCCUGAGUUCAAUCCCGGGUUCGGGAUCUUUCUGUGUGGAGUUUGCAUGUUCUCCCCGUGACUGCGUGGGUUCCCCCCGCCAAAAACAUGCACCUGGGGUUAGGUUGAUCGGCAACAUUAAUUUGGCCGUAGUGUGUAAAUGUUGUCUGUCUGUAGUGGCCCUACGAUGAGGUGGCAACUUGUCCAGGGUGUAGCCCGCCUUCCGCCCGAAUGCAGCUGAGAUGGGCUCCAGCGACCCCGAACGGGACAAGCGGUACAAAAUGGAUGGAUGGAUGGAUGGAUGGAAACACUACAAUCAUUAAAAAAAAAAGUAAAUUAUUUUAUAUAUUUAUAUUUAGUUAAAUAGAAUACACUAAAUCGGCCCUAGUGUGUGAAUGUGAGUGUGAAUGUUGUCUGUCUAUCUGUGUUGGCCCUGCGAUGAGGUGGCGACUUGUCAAGGGUGUACCCCGCCUUCCGCCCGAUUGUAGCUGAGAUAGGCGCCAGCGCCCCCCGCAACCCCGAAAGGGAAUAAGCGGUAGAAAAUGGAUGGAUGGAGAAUAUAUCAACAUUAAAUAAGUUAUAUAUUAAAUUGGAUUACUUUUCAUUUUUAACAGUUUUUAAAUGAUCCAUAUGUAAUGCCAUAAUUGACUCCUAAUAAUUACAAUACAUUAUAUAAUUGUAUUUAAUGGAAAAAAUAUAUAUAUAAAAGUAUUUUUUUACAAUAUUUAAAUAAUCCUAAUAAUUCCAAUAUAUUUGAUAGUUUACUGUAAGUAGUAUUAAAUAAGAUUAACAUUAAACUAAUAUAAUUGUAUUAAAUGAAAUAAAUAUUUAAAAUGACUUACCUUUUCUUUUAUAAUAUUUAACUGAUCCAUAAUUACAAUACAUUUAAUAAUAUAAGUGUAUUCAACAAAUAAAUUAGAAUGAACUAAUAUCUAACUUUUUUUAACAAUAUUUAAAUUAUACAAAUUAUAUCAUUAUAUUUAGUUAAUCAAAUUAACAUCUAACCUUUUAUAAUGUGUAAAUGAUCCAUCUGUUUUGGUAUAAUUGACCCUUGUUAAAUACGAAAAAUAAAAAAUAUUAAAUAAAUUGUAUAUUAAAUUAAUUCCAUAAGUUAAUGUUUAACCUUUUUUUAUAUAAUAUUCCGAAUCCAUAAUUUCAUUUUGUAAUAUACUUGCAUUAAUACUGUGGUUAUACUAUUUUGAUUAAAUCAACAUUUAACCUUUUUUUUUUUUUUGCAAUAUUUGAAUGAUUGUUUUAUAACCAAAUGAUUAUUUUAUAACCAUAUUAAACUAAACAAAUUAUGUAAUUACAGUCGAUUAGAUUAACAUCCAACUUGUUUAAAUAAUAUUUAAAUGAUCCAUGAUUACAAUACAUGUGACAUAACUAUUAAUGUAAUUAAAUAAGAUACAAUCAUAUUUAAUCAAAAAAAUAAUAUACAGAAAUUAUUCUAUAAAACCAGCUAACCUAUUUAUAAUAUUUGAAUGAGUUAUCAGUGUUGCAAUUGCCUCAUGAUUAUUUUUAUUCAUUAACAGAGACAAUGGCAGAAAAAUACAAGGGAGACAAGAUAGGGUCUAUUUUUUUCAAUAAUAAAUUAUUCAAAAAGAAUAUGAACAAUACAACUGAUGUACAGUAAAAAAAAAGACAACAUAUAUAAUAAAUUGACAUUUCAGUGGAAAAAAAUAAAUGUGAUCUUCCAUUUUCUUGCUUCUUUUAAAGUAAAAAGCAAGGCUGCAGACAAGUUUUUAAAGGCUAAAGAAGAAAAAGUAGAAAUAUAUUUUAAAGGCUAAAGAAAAAAGUAGAAAUACAUAAGUUUUUAAAGGUAAAAGUAAAAAAACUAGAAAAGUUUUUAAAGGCAAAAGUAAAAAAAGUAGAAAAGUUUUUAAAGGCAAAAGUAAAAAAAAGCUUAAAGGCUGAAGUAAAAGUAGAAUAAAAUUAAACAUUUUAAAUGCUAAAGAAGAAAAAGUACAAAAGUUUUAAACACUAAAAAAAAAAAAGUAGGAAUAAAAGUUUACAGGAUAAAGAAGAAAAAUAUAAAAAUGUUUGACUAAAGAAGAUCAAGUAGAAAUAACAGUGAAAGGCUAAAAAGACAAAGUAGUAACAUAAAAACUUUUUAAAGGAAUUAAAGAAAUAUGUUUAAGGUCUAAAGAUGAAAAAGUAAAAAUAAAAUUCAAAAGACUAAAGAAGAAAAAGUAGAAAAAAAAUGUAAAAGCCAAAUACGAAAAAGUAGAAAUUAAAGUCUAAAGAAGUAAAAGUAAAGUUUAAAGUCUAAAGAAGAACAAGUAGAAAAAGCUUUUAAAGACUAAAGAAGUAAUAGUAGAAAUAAAUAAAAAAAUUUAAAUGCUAAAAGCAGAAAAAAAGUUUUUAAACACUAAAUACGAAAAACUGGAAGUAAAGGUUUAAAGGCUAAAUAAGAAAACGUAGUAAUAGAACUUUAAAGGCCCAAGAAGAAAACGUAGAAAUUGAAUUUUAAAGAAUAAAAAGUAGACAAAGUGUAAAGACUAAAGAAGAAAAAGUAGAAAUAGAAUUUUAAAGACUAAUGAAGAAAAAGUAGAAAUACAAGUUUAAAUGCUGAAGAAGAAAAAGUAGAAAUAUAAUUUUAAAGACUGAAAGUAGACAUGUAAAGUCUAAAGAAGAAAAA